AUGCCUCCAGGCCCUAGAGAUGCAAAGUACCUUCGAAAUCAUCUCGAAGAUCAUGAAUUCGUUUUCGUCAAUGGCACGGUGCCAACGAAACCAGUUGACGGUUCGUCCCAAGGACUUGGACCACCCGGAAAAUUCUCUUUUCAGCUAUUGGGAGUACCCCAGAUCAUGGACGAGCACUACGGUUACAUUAAGGACGGGCCAGACGCUGAUCAAUGCCGAGAGCUCCUGUCAACCAUGAUCGAGUUCGUUCAUGACAACGGCCCCUUUGACGGAGUUUUUGGCUUUUCGGAAGGUGCUAUGAUUGCAGCUCUAAUCCUGAUUGAGGACGCCCGCAGGCCAUUCGCAGGCUUCCGUUGCGGUAUUCUGUUUAGUGCCGCUCCACCCUUUGACCCUGACAUUUCUCAGACUACUGAUGACAACGUCCGGGCACUUGGGAUGAACGAUACCGAAGAUGGUGUCAUAAUCAAGGUGCCGACAGCGCAUAUCCGCGAAUCUAGCCCACCGCCGUGGCUCUGGCGCUUCUCCCCACUCGCUCCUCUGUGGGCGAAACACGAUAUGGGCAACCCGACCCGCCUCAACGAGGCGAUGAUUGGGUUGUGCGAUGGCGGUGUACGCGAGGUGUUUACCCAUCAUGAUGUAGGCCAUGAUAUCCCCGGUACCAAGUCCAAAAUGGAGUUAGCCGGAGCAUUAAGAGCUAUCGAGAGGACAAUCGAGCGAUGCCAAGACUCGUGA